GGUGGUUGUUGUUGUUGCAAUCAGCUGAUCGCUCACAGCUGAGCUUUGCUCUCCAUGUCAGUCGGGAGCGGCGGCUCUUCUAAACUAAAGAAAGGUCUUCUGGACGGUGAUUUUCGGGUAAGGACCGCUGCAGAGCCUCGGAAGCUGGGAAAGAGGAAAUUUUCAGCUUUUCCUCGGCUGCAUAACAGUGCUUGAUUGAAACGCUUUCAAAGGCUAAAAAGAACAGGAAACCAGUCCAAACAUCAGAGUGGGCCAUGGCUCCAACACUGUACGAUGUGAAACCCGAGCCGGGAGACUUGAUUGAGAUCGACCGUGGCUCUUAUCAACACUGGGCUGUGUACGUUGGCGAUGGCUUCGUUGUUCACAUGGCGCCGCCCUUUGAGACUCCAGGUGCUCGUUCCAACAGCAUCAUGUCUGUCCUAACGGAGAAGGCUAUGGUGAAGAAAGAGGAGCUCUGGGAGGUUGUGGGAACAGAUCAGUGGAAGAUCAGCAACAGUCUGGAUGAAGAGUACGAGCCCCGGCCGGCUCCAGUUAUUGUGGCAGAUGCCUGCUUGCUGGUGGGCCAGGAGCGACCAUACUGUGUCUUCACGGGGAACUGUGAGCAUUUCGUCAAUGAGCUGCGCUACGGAAAAGCUGAGUCCCGACAGGUGCGUAAAACAGGAGAGGCCGUGAUGAUGGCGGGCGUGGCUGCAGCCGUGGGCCUGGGUAUCGUGGCUCUGGCCGGAGCGCUGUUUGGAGGCAGCAAUAAGAAAAACAAGAACAACCAAUGACUGAAAUCCUAUGCUUUUCAGGGGUUUCAGCAAACUCCUAACAGCAGCUCUUCAAAACUAAUCACAACAUAACACUGCCAGAUUAACACUUAUUUGUGAUGUCACAGGAAGUUAGGGUGACCCUCAUCAUGGUACCUCUGCCUCACCUUUACCAGCCAUUGAUGUUCAAAAAGAAGCUGAGAUCAUCUAUAGAAAAGCACAAACUUGAUGAUUCUUCUUUGGUGCCAACAUAAAUUACAGUAAGAUUUAUAUUUGUAUGCUUAUAAAGGUUGGAAAGCACAAAUUAUUGAGGGGAUGUUUUUAAGGUACAGAAGAAAUUGUAAAAUAAUUUUUAACUGGUUGGAAAUAUAAUCUUGUGGAUCAAACUGUUUUAAAGUCAGCAUUUAAUUCUGUAUUUGCCAAUAAGCUAUCAAGUUUUCCUGUUUCACAAGAUUCUAGUACUGUAAAGUUGCACGAGUCUGUUUGUUCCUGUUUGUCUGUUUCUGACAUUUGUUUGUGAGCUUUAGAAUAAAGAUUUGAAGCAUGGA